AUGGAAUCCUCACCUGCACAGACUGAUACAAAGUCUCGGUUUCGUCAAAUUGCAUCCACUUCCAUAUCCAAGGCGUGGCAAGAUAAACUUGGUGUAAAUUCGCGCUCUGUUCCAUUCUAUGCUACUCUCAAACAGCAAAACUUGCAUCACCCAGCUACUACAUCUUCUGCAACAGAGCAUGUUGUUUCAACUCCAAUACAUCAUCGGCCAAAAUCGCCGUCUAAACAUAUUAGUCGCGUUCAAGCCCCAACUGCAUCUGGAAUCACGUACCCAUAUCAAUUGGCAUUUUCUACCAUAGAAAACUUAUUACUACCUACAGGCAUAACCCAAUCAUCACCUAGUUUAAAACAAUCAUUGCUUCAGUUGAAAAUAUGUGCUACUUUAUUUGACACUGAGACAGGUAGAUUUUUUGGUAAAACUUGGAUUUCUCCUGUUCCAAUGACUGUGCACACAGGUAAAGCCCAGCAUGAUAGACACUCACCCCAAGCAGGAGGGUCUUUAAAAACCCAAAACACAAAAAUUCGAUCAAAUGAUUCAAGUCAAAAUGGGUUUAGUGAUGAAGAUAGCUGCGAUUCUUCCGAUUCUCGGGGUUUAAAUGGAAUUCCAGAUGGCGCAAAUCUGAUAUCGCACAGAGUCACAGUCGGUGCAUCUAGAAUUUGUCUCUAUUUCCAUACACCAGUGAAAAGCCCUCAUGUUGCCAUUGCCAUCGAGUUUGUCUUUUCAAUUAAACCGUGUCUGCAGGAUGACAUGGAUGAGGCACAUAAUGUUGACAACAAUCUAGACCAAGAAGGUGUAUCGGCUGGCUGGACUUUGAUCUAUCCUUUCAAUCCACAGAGAAAUGGGUUGAAUGUUUCAAAAGCUUGGCGACACAGUUGCGACGUUGAUGAUAAAUAUCAUGAUCAUUUUGACUCUUCAAGUGACAGUGAUAAUAGUGAUAUAGGAGAUCAACGACCAAAAGUUGCUCAAAUAUUCCGUGGAUCUCCGCGUGUGCUACCAUUUAUAUAUAGCCAACUGUGUUCAGCCGUAUCAGGACAUGCUGGUCUUUUUCCACUUUUAAAUGCAGUAAUCACAUACAGACUGCUUACACGACCUGAUCUUCAGCCAGCGUGCCAUUUAUGGAAGGAAAAUGUGUUUAUUGCGCCAGGAGAUGAGGUUCCAGGUAUUGAAACCAUAUCCAUCCGUGGAAUCUCAAUGCAUUCAAUAGAUACUGCUAGAAUAUCUAGGAUUGGCAUCACAGUAUAUCCUUCAAUUGAACAAUAUGAAUCUAAACUCCUGGAUUGCAUAUCCAGAGUGCAUUAUGAUAAUGAUCCAGAAUCGCUGACACCGGAUGAAAAUGGAAUUCUCCCUUCUCCAGUCAUUCUAGAACGCAGACUGCAUAUUGGGUUUCACAACACAUUUACAUUUAUUAGGCAACCUACAGUUGUUACACUUAAACCUUUGGUACACUCAGAUUUUAAAAAUGAGCAGUUGAUAUUUAUGGGCACUGUUGAAUUGGACAAUUUUGUUCCAGAUGAUCCGUCAGUUGCUGUGAUAUUUCUUAUGGAAUACAAAGUAUUGCUUACAGUCAAUGCUCCCGCCAUAAAAAAGCGAAAGGGUAUUGCAGGAAUCAUUGAUAAACUGGCAUCUUCCGACAUUAAGCGGACUGAACCAAUGCAGCCUACAAUCAAUAUUGAAAAGCUUAUUUCUACUGGAUGGGGAGCGUAUUCGCCAAAAAAAGACACAAGAAAUCAAGAACAUGUCAUGUAUCUGGAAACUCAAACUGGAAUAAACCCGUUUGGUUCACUCAUCUACACACCUAAAAGCGUUGUUUACUCUGGCAAUCAAGAAAACUACAAGGAAAAUGAACUGGAUGAAGCAAAUAGACACCAAGCAUGGCCGCUAGCUUUAUCAUUUAGUUUUAACCCUCCAACACACGAACCUCUGCCUGUUAUAUUAGAACAACCGGUAGUUGAUCAUUUGGCCACUGUUCCGGUCGUUUUUGAACCAGUUCCGCAAAUUUGUCAAAAAGCGGACAUUAUCCCAAAAAUUGAGCCGGAACAAAGCAAUCAACUAAAGUCAUCCCCACCUCCCAAACCACUUGUCAAACCUCCAACACCUGUUGAUGAAUCAGAAAACGAAAGCGACGAAGAAGUUGUUGCAGCAAGUAAUUUAGAAUCAGCUCCUGUUGAAGUCUUCACUCCGUUUCCAGUGCCAUUAGCAACACAUCUACGACAAAGAUUAUCACGCAUGGAACGAGCACGUCUACAUAAUGCUGGAUUUGAAAUGCUAUUGGAUGAUAAUCAUUGCGCUCCAACUGAAAUCCAACUCAAUAAUGUGGACCCAGUUUAUCUGGCUAGUAAUUUAGAACUAGAAUUCAACGAUCCGUUGAUGAAUGAUAUCACUAUCCUAUUUCAAGGAUUGAGUUUUUGUCAAGAUACUUAUCAGCAGCUUGAUGGGAGAUUUCCUACAUCUGUUUAUUUCAGCUUUCAGUUCUUUACAUUUCCUUACACUACAACGGAAAAAAUGAAUGUGUACGAUGGCUUAUUGCCAGCCAAAACCCAAUCUCAAACUAGAUCUCAAAAAAAUACCGAGUCUUUGCCACAUAAACGAAGUACAUCAGUACCGGCACAUUGUCGCGAGUGGUCUCAUGCUUCACACACUUCUCGCUACUCCUUCAACCCAUCAGCACAAGGAAUUCCUGGCGAUAAUUUGCAAACCCACAUCACGCCAGGAAUUUUAUAUCGUUAUAAUCGCGAGGGAUUUCCUGCCUAUGAUCAACCACCCGGUAUUGCUUUGAAUUACAAGGUAAAAACGCAUCAAGAUCCAGUAUCCUAUACUUUUCGUUCAGGACCAAAUGCGAUUGCCAACUACCUUUGCCAAUCCAACAUGUUUAUUGACGUGUGGGAUGGUGAUACACUUUUGCAUCUUGGAUCAGGUUGUGUCAAUCUCAAACCUGCUUUGCGUCAAGGAAGAUCGUCUAUUUAUUUUGAAGAUGAUGUAGACAUUGUAUGGAGCGAGUAUGCUGAUUUGCAAGGACCAAACUUUGCUAAAAGGUCCAGAUCAUCUAGCAUGGGAUUAAAUGGCACAUAUUCCUCGGGAUCUACUAUGCAUGUAAAUGAUACGGGUUUGCUGAAAACUGCUACGUUGCAUAUGCGUGUCACAAAUAUUGGUCGUAAAUAUCAGGAGGAUAUAAACACGACACCACAAAAUGCAUUCAAUAAUCCUUCAAAAACUCAAAGUCAAGAGGAGGUUAUUGUGCACGAUUAUCGCUACCAUAUCAAUCGUCGACAAAAAACAUUUCACGAGCCAAAACUGUUGUCAAGUAUUGAUCACGAGUUGCAUCAAAUUCUCAACGAAGCACAUGCGGAUAGAACCACACAAGCAGCCAAUUGUACCAAGGCUUUACAAAAAACCACAUGCUUAGAUUCAUCAAGUCAGUACAGUUUUGAGUCUCGUAAUCAAAAACUAAUUCAUCAUGCCACUGGAAUUCUUAAAAACCUUAAAAUUGAGCCCGACAAGUUGAACCUAGAUGAUGAUGGAGCCAACAAGGAGCUUGUCGAAUCAUUUUCGUACCGGCGUACCAGAGAAGAGCGCGACCGAGAUCUCAAAACCAUUGAUGUAUAUCGAGAAAGGCAAGUACGAAGAAAGGGAAAAACGCAAGAAAUGCUACUGAAAGAAAUCACAGUAUCGCAUACAAUACAUCCAACCUUUGCACAGGCUACCUACCUAGAGUUUGAAUUUACCAAUCCGUACUCUACUGAUCAUACAUUCAAAAUAUCUUGGCAGGAUAAAGAAUUUCGCGUGGUUACAAAUACCAGCGAGUGGAUUUACCAUCGUAGACUUCAUGGAUUGGCAUCUCAUGUGGAAGCAAAAUUGAUUCACACAAGUCAAGAUGAAGCUACCCCAGAAAUAUUUCUAGAGCGCAACGAAACAGUUUUUAUUCCAUUUAUAUUCCAGAGUUUUUUAGGAGGACCAAUUUCACUUGUUGGUGGAAAUCAUGCUACGGAUGAAAUGAAUGGAAGAGAUGUCGGUGGUAACAAUUUUCUACAGAGUCCUGGAAUAUAUUCCAGAUGUAUUCAUGUUUCAUUUUUGAACUCCCAAGACCAACCAGCAGCUAUUCUGGCGCUGAAUGUUUGUCCGCGGCCUUACUAUAUUGAUCGAGUAAUUCGUCUUUUUAGAGGAGAGCACGAGGUGAUACGUAAAGUAAUGAAGUUUCCGCUUGUUAACAAAAUCAGUCAUAUCAAUUCCAACAACACAUCAACCCUUUAUGAUACCUCAAAUCCAACCCAAGUCUACAUUCGCUGCAAUAGUGCAGAUGCUGUAUGUACUCUCGAAACCUCACAAAAUGAUUCCGCAAUGAAAGAAGUCACAUUUAAAUAUAGAGCACGCCAAGCCCCAGAGACCAAAGCUGUAUAUAUUCUAUUUUAUAACGAUCCGUUCCAUACUUUUUUGAAUGAAAUAUGGCGGGUGUUUGUGCACUCGUUAUAUCGAUUUGAUAUGAACUCGACUCUGUGCCAGACAAACUCGGCAUCGCUGGUGUUGCGUGGAACCUCCAAAUCGCGAUUAGUCAAUUGCUAUUCUAGCUUACCAAGAGAGAUUAUGGUGGGCACAGAUGGUCCCUUUAUGCUUACUGCAAAUGCACUGAAUGAGGUGUCGUUGGUGAUGCGUCCACAAGAUACUCGCACCAAGGAAGCUAUUGUGAACAUUGUUGGCAACUGGUUGGUAGUAAGUCACUGUUCACUUCCAGAGGUGACCAAAACAUUUGAAUUGGUUUUACCAAGAGAUAAGCAAGCCAGCAAGCGUGUAUCAUACACAAACCCGUUUUUUCAUCGUAAAAUGUUAUAUCUUCGAACAGAUAGUCCACAUUUGAUCCAGUUUAAAGAACCAGUUCUGGAUCUUGAGUCAGCUGGUUCACAAUACAUUUGUAUGCGAUUUAUCCCAGGUCAUCAUCUUCCCAAAGCCGAUAUUCUUGUGUUUUUGAAUGACGAGUCUGACAAGAUUGAAGAGUGUUUAUCACUCAUCUCGACACUCUACUUUUGUAUUAAUCGUUUGAAUCCAUUGAUUGGUUUGAUGAAAUUGGUUGAUAUUUUACUCUUACUGACUGUAACAACAACUGCUAAUGCAAUACUGAUACCGACUGGUAACGAUCGUUCAACCCACACAUCAGGCACUUCCAGUCGAGUGUCUGAUCCAACUAAUGAACCCAAUCCAGACACUUAUGAUGAAUAUCAGGAAGAGCCAAUGGAUUUAAGCCUUCCUAACCGAUACCGGCAACAGCUAGUUGAUUUGACCAUUUCCAACAAAUACAAGCAAGAACCGGUUGAUGAAUCCAAUCCAGACACUUCUAGUGAAUACCAGCAAGAACCAAUGAAUUCAAGUAUUUCCAGCCGAAUCCAACAACAACCAAUUGAUGAGGCUGGUCCAAGCACUUACAAACAAAGUCGGAAACAACCAAUGAUUCAUAACGAGUCUUCAAAUACUGUUUCAAAUCAAAUAGCUGUAUUAAGUGGAAGAUAUCAAAAAACCUUUAAUCGUAUAAAGCAAAUGCUUGUAGAGUCGAAAGAAUUACGAAAGAAAAAACUCAAAGAAUAUUGUGAUUAUGCAGCCCUUAGAUUCGAACAAUGGUCAGCAUUAGAAAGAGGAGAAGAAAUAUCAGGAUCAAAGUACGAUCCAGACACUGAAAAGAAAUUGAAACAAGAGUAUGAAAAGGCAGUUACAAGAGUACACGAUAUCAGACGAAACUUGAAAAAGUUUAUGAAAAGGCAUGGUUUGAGAUUUGAAGAACCAAAAGCAGAUUCAGAUUGA